AUGACAGCACAUAGGACACUGCUCUUGAUAUUCAGCUUGCUCGCAUUGAGCUCUUUGCCUAUAGCUGCAAAAAGACGACCAGUUUAUCGAUCUACACAAAUCGAACACAAGCACUACAUCAAGACAUCGGAGUGUCAUAUUGCGUACAACCCAAAGGAGGAAAAAAAUAAGAAAAAAGUCACCUCAAAUGCUGGCAACAAUAAUAGUUGCUCAAAAGGUGAUAAUUUGAUUAGUACUCGAUUCGAUGAAAAGCUCCAGCAAUAUGUAAUGCUUAUCAACGAUUCGGUUGCCCAAUCGAUUUUGAGGAUUAUGAAGGAGGAAUCGCCUAAUUUGAUAGGCUACAAUUGCAGUUAUCGUGAGAUCAAAAGAGUGAAUAAAAGUAACACUGCAAACGCUCCUGUUGUCUUGGGAGAAGAGGUGGCUUUUUGGGAUAACUAUGUUGUUCCUCGGCAUGUCGAUGGCCUGAAAGCAGCCUGCAGAAAUGAACUGUUCGAGGAUCUACAAUCGGACACCUUUGCCUUUGUGCAACCUCUUAAAACUGAUCCGCCACUUGUUUCCUGGCAUCGAAGACCGAGUGUAAUAAUGAUUGGUAUCGAUGGAGUUUCCCAACUGAACUUCCGUCGCAAUAUGCCUGAACUAAUCAACCAUCUUAGAAUGCAGGGAUGGAUAAAUAUGGAGGGAUAUGCAGCAGUGGGUAACCAAAGUCUGCCCAAUUUAAUGGCUCUUCUGACAGGAUAUAGUCCUCAUACUUGGACAAAUCUCAAGUGCAAUUCGAAAGAAGUGGGUUGCAUAAAAACAUUGCCGCUGAUAUGGAAGCGUUUUAAGCAAAAGGGUUAUAUCACAGCCUAUGGCGAGGGUAUGUCUAACUUAUCAAUAUUCAACCAGGACAAGCUCGGUUUUUUGGAAAAACCCAUGGACUUUUAUGCUCGACCAUUUUUUGAGCCAAGUAACGGUGAAGAGUGCAUUGACAGACGGUUGAAUAUCAGGUAUAUCCUCGACUAUUGUGAGCAGUAUUUAAAGCGGCAUGCACACUCGCCACGACCAUUGUUUGGAUUAUUCCUGGGCAACAGUAUGGGGCAUGAUAAAUUCUAUGUACUGUUGAACAAACUAAAGACACUCAGGAAAAUGGGUGUUUUCUCCCAGUCGCUUGUGAUCCUCUUCAGCGAUCAGGGAUCAGGCAAAAGCAAGGACUUGGUCGGAGAAAGACUGCCCAUUCUAUUCAUUUGGCUGCCACCCUGGUUCAGAUCUCUACAUCCGGAAAUAGUUCAGGGCCUGAGAAUCAACAGCAAACGCCUCACUUCUCCAUACGAUCUGCAUCUCACAUUGCAGCACCUCUUGGAGAUGGGUGAACGUUGGCCCCGAGCGGUGGACAAACUGGUGGAUUGUCCCACCUGCCAGACACUUUUUGCUCCAGUUCCCGAGAAUCGCACCUGUUCGGAUGCCGGUAUACCAGAAUCGCACUGCCCGUGUGAUAGCUACAAGCGGCUGAGCACCAAGCAGAUACGGCAAAUGUCUUUGGGAAAGCUGCUCGUCCGGAGUAUAAACAAUUUCCUGCACCACCACAAUUUGCAAGAGAUCUGCUCCAAUCUCACUCUUAAAACCGUGAAAAUGGUGCAACAACGCAAGGACAGGAAGUUGUCGAGUGGCAGCACCUUUCGGGUUGAUUUUAUAGCCACCCCGAAUAGCCCAAUGUUCUCGGCAACCACUCGCUAUAAUCGAAUGUACCAAUAUCUGGAAUACUUAAAUGUAGAAUCCAUAAAUCGUUUGGAUUCCUAUCGAAAGGAUUCCGAUUGUAUGCGAAGGCCGAAAGGCAGAAAGUUCUGCAUUUGCAUGAAUCGAAUAGUUAACGAUGAGCCAAAAACCAAAGAUAAUGAUAAAGAAAAGAACAACAUAAAAAAGAAACGUUUUAAAAAUAAGGGUUAUCUCACAGCGUUUGCAGAAGAUAUAACGCUAAUAAGGAAGUUUCCCUACGAGUUUGAGGCUCAACCUGCUGAUUUUUACCUUAGACCCGCGUUAAAAGCAAUCGCCGAGCAAAAGCACAAUUUGCCACCAGGUAAAAGUGCCAAUUUGGUUUACGACUAUGGCCAGCAAUUAUUUGAGCGUUAUCUUAACACCUCGCAGCCAUUUUUUGGGCUAUUUUGGGCUGAUACUUCUGAAGAGGAACAGCAUUAUCGAUUCAAUUUUCUGGACUAUUUAAAACGAUUCAAGGAGCUGGGAUUGUUCAAAGAGUCAAUUGUGAUUUUCCUCAGCGAUCAUGUGUGCAAGCCAAUGCUUUUCAUAUGGCUGCCCAUCUCGAUUCGUAAGAAAUAUCCCGAAAUGGUUCAGAGUCUGAGAAAAAACAAGAGGCGAGUGAUAUCACCGUUUGACCUUUACCUAACCCUGCAAAAUAUUUUGGAACUUGGAGAUAUAAGCACCCGGAAUCGAACCCACACCGUGAUUUGUCCAAGAUGUCAAACACUUUUCGAGAAAAUGCCCGAAACUCGAACGUGUCAAGAUGCGGGAUUUAUCAAAAAUGACUGCGAGUACGACUUAACAAAUAUCUUCGUAAUAACAACCUGUUAG